AUGGUAACUUACUUGCCCAUUUCAUCGCCCUUUAUCAGGUUCGCUGGCCGUUAUGUCGAUCAAGCCUUCGGUGUGGCCGCUGGUUACAACUUCUUUAUCUUUGAGGCUGUCAUGGUUCCUUUCGAGAUUACGGCUUGUAAUAUGAUUCUCAACUACUGGACUGAUGCAGUUCCAGUUGCCGGGGUUGUCGUCAUUGUACUAGCACUCUACGUACUAUUGAACCUCUUUGCCGUCGAAUGGUAUGGCGAGUCCGAAUUCUGGCUGUCUCUAAGCAAAGUCUUACUCAGCGUGGGAUUGAUAUUCUUCACAUUCAUUGUGAUGGUUGGAGGCAAUCCGCUCGGCGACCGGCUCGGCUUUCGCUACUGGAGAAAUCCUGGAGCUUUCGCAGAGUAUUAUAAGACCGACGGUCUUGGCCGGUGGCUCGGCUUUUUGGCUUGCUUAAUUCAGGCCAGCUUCACCAUUGCUGGACCAGAGUACGUCUCUAUGGCUGCGGGGGAGGCCGUCAAUCCUCGCAGAGUUCUACCAAAGGCUUUCAACGGUGUAUUUCUACGUCUCACUGCAUUCUUCGUCUUGGGUGUGUUCUGCAUUGGCAUCUUGAUUCCCUACAACGACCCCGAAAUGGCCGCAGCGUUCGAACAGGAUUUACCUGGUGCUGCCUCAUCGCCUUAUGUGAUUGCGAUGGAUCGGCUACACAUCCCCGUGCUGUCACACAUUGUCAAUGCCAUGAUUCUCCUUGCUUCAUUCAGUGCGGGUAACAGCUAUGUCUACUGUGCUAGUCGAAGCCUUUACGGACUUGCGCUUGAUGGCAAGGCGCCACGCAUAUUCGCCAGGUGCACUAAGAAAGGUGUACCAAUCUACUGCGUGCUGGUCGUUCUUCUCAUUGCCCUUCUUGCAUUCUUGCAGGUCUCUAAUGGUUCAGCAGUCGUACUUAAUUGGUUUGUUAGUCUGAUGACUGCCUCCCAACUUAUCAAUUUCUCAGUCAUCACCUUCACAUACACUCGGUUCAGGAAGGCUCUGAUUGCACAGGGUGUGGACCGACAAACUCUCCUCUACCGCAGCUGGGGCCAACCGUAUGUUGCCUACAUAGCUUUGGUCUCCACGUUCAUUAUGACCUUCGUUGGUGGGUAUACGGUAUUCCUUCCCGGUAACUGGGACGUACCGACAUUCUUGUUCUCGUACACGAUGAUUGCAGUGUUUCCAGUCAUUUAUGUCAGCUACAAACUACUUUGCCGGACGAAGUAUCUGAAGCCCUACGAGGUCGAUAUACUUACUGGGGUGGACGACAUAGAUGAAUAUACGAAGAACUACGUUGAAGUACAAUCGCGCAACCAUCUUUCCCGAUUGGGCGACUGGCUAUUUGGCUGA